AUGACCUACUUUACUUUCCUGCGCGACAAUGCGCGCUGGCUGUCGGCCAGCUACUUGUUGACGACGUUUUCCGGUUUCGGACAGACGUUUUUCAUUUCGUUGUCGGCCGGGGAUCUGCGGGCAGAAUUCGGGUUGAGCCACGGUGAUCUCGGUCUGCUUUACAUGGUGGCGACGCUCGGCAGUGCGCUAACCCUGCCAUAUGUCGGAAAGAGCCUUGAUCAUUAUCCGGUGCAGAAGAUCGCAAUGGCAGUGAUGGCCGGGUUUGCAUUGUUCUGCCUCGCCCUGGCACACGCAUUUGCAGUCUGGAUGGUUGCGUUUGCCUUUUACGGUCUGCGUCUGUGCGGGCAGGGCAUGAUGACACAUACCUCGGUGACCGCAGCCGGACGGUGGUUUUCUGCGCAACGGGGCAGGGCGGUCUCGAUUUCAAUGCUCGGGUUUCCGACCGCCGAAGCGCUGUUUCCGCUCUGCUUCGUCAUUCUGAGUGGAACUAUCGGCUGGCGCGGCGCCUGGACCGUUUCGUCGCUGGUGCUGAUCCUUGUCGCCAUGCCCGUACUUUUCGUACUUCUGGCAAAGGACCGGAUACCCUCGACGGCAGAGGUCGCCGCCGCAAAGGCCGAGGGCCGGCAGUGGACACGCUCAGAGGUGCUCCGGGAUCCUCGCUUCUGGCUGGUGUCCUGCGGUGUCAAUGCGCCUGCCUUUAUCGGCACCGCGGUCCUGUUCCACCAGGUGUAUCUCGUUGAACUGCGUGGCUGGUCUCUGGAAGUUUUUGCAAGCGCGUUUCUUCUCAUGGCAAGCGGCGUCGUCAUUGCAUCGCUCAUUAUCGGACCACUGAUCGACAGGUUCUCGGCGAGACAGUUGCUUCCUUAUACGCUGUUGCCUUUGUGCUUUGCCUGUUUCGUUCUGGCAAAUGUCGACGCACAGAUUGCCGCAUUCGUGUUUCUGGGACUGGUCGGGAUAGGAAACGGCUUUAAUGGCACACUUGUCGGCGCUUUCUGGCCGGAAGUUUAUGGCACGCGUCAUAUGGGAGCGAUACGCGCUGUCGCUUUUUCGAUCAUGGUCUUUGCCUCCGCAGCCGGGCCCGGACUCGUCGGCUGGCUGAUCGACAUCGGCGUCUCGUUCGAUGCGCAGGUGACGGCAAUGGGGAUUUACUGUCUCGUUUUCGCCGCUGUUCUGGCAUUGGCCGCGCGCGCCUACCGGUCGGAUCAACAUAGUUGA